AUGCUCAUGGUGCCUCUCCCCCGGCGAGGGCGGGUGUUGCAGAGGGAGUCCCAGUCCACCCAGCUCACUCUGGCAGCUGUCUCUCUUCUUUCCACCUUCCAGCAAUGUCAUUUUGCUUGGCUGGUGGGGAAAUUAAGAAUGAAGCACAAGGUCACCCCUGCUAUCACUGGAGCUCCAGAAUUUGACAGAGCAUUUCACAUGCAACAAAACUGUGUGGAGUUUUACCCAAUAUUCUUGACUGGCCUCUGGACUGCAGGAUGUUUUUCAAUCAAGGGUAUUCUGUACAUGUUUGCUUGCUACAAGUACUUCCAUGGUUAUGUCCAGUCUGUGAAAGGAAGGUUAACAGGUUUUUUUUGGUUUUUUUUUUUGAGUGUGAUAAUUCUGAUUUACUUGAUAACCUUAGGUGCAGCUGGGAUUGUCAACAGCUGUCUGGAUGAAUACCCACAUUUCAGCAUAUGGAUAAAGUCCAUAAAUUUCUUUGAAGGUGCUUUUUAA